AUGGCUGCUCUGCCAGGAUUCCGGGUCCGAGAAGCUCAUCCGUUUUCAAUAGUCGGCAUAGAUUACGCGGGUCCCUUACAGAUGAAGGAACUCAGUCUGCGAAAGGCGCGCAUCGUAAAGGUUUACAUUGCGGUUUUUGUCUGUAUGACCACCAAAGCGGUGCACCUAGAACCAGUGUCUGCUCUCUCGACUGAGGCCUUCUUGUUGACUCUAGAUAGAUUCGUUGCUCGCCGUGGCCUACCGUCGUCCAUCUAUUCUGAUUGUGGCACCAAUUUUGUUGGUGCGGCGAGGCAGCUGCGUCUUUUGGUCAACAAUCCGGAUAGUAGAGAUCAGUUGUCAGGUCAUAUAGCGUGCGAAUGGCAUUUCAACCCUCCUGGUGCUCCCCAUUUUGGAGGAAUUUGGGAAGCCGCCGUUAAGUCGGCGAAGUCAUUGCUUGUUCGUGCAAUGGAUUCCCAAAUUUGGACCUUGGAAGAGUUCACAACGGUGUUGUGUCGGGUAGAGGCUGCCUUGAAUUCGCGUCCCCUAGUACCAGCAUCAUCCGACCCAAAUGAUUUAGAAUGUUUGACGCCCGGUCACUUUUUGAUUGGUCGUCCUCUGUUGUCAAUCCCAGAACCUGUUAGUACCAGUGCACAAGUGGGACUGCAGACUCGCUGGAAGCUCCUCCAGCAGUCUUUCCAGUUCUUUUGGCGACGUUGGUCUCGAGAGUAUUUGAACACCCUCCAAGCUCGUGGUAGGUGGACGAAGGCUGAUACCAAUCUCGAAGUUGGUACCAUGGUUAUCGUCAAGGUUAAUGACGCGCCCCCGCUAUCGUGGCCAUUAGGAAGAAUUAUUGAGGUGUAUCCAGGAACCGAUAAGGUGGUACGGGUAGCUAAAGUUAUUACCAAACAGGGGGUGUUUACUAGACCGGUGGUGAAACUAGUACCUCUCCCCACAGAUCCGUAG